CAUCUCUCUCCCUCUCUUGGAUCACUGCAGCCAAGCUUCCGAUUACCCAUCCGCCUCCCCACCUCCCUCCCACCUCUCCAUCCACGACCCUCUCUCCCCAUCGUUCACAUCGCGCACACUGCAUCGCGCACACGAUCGGUGCAACCUACACUCUCUUCCUCCACCUCCACCCCGGCGGCGCAUCGCAUCUCAUCGUCAUCAGCCACUGGCCCCUCGAAUCUUACCGCGCCCGCUUUUCUUCCCCACUCCUCCCACAUACCCCACCAUGGUCGCGUCAUCAGACAAGACCGAUGUCGAGCUUGCUGCUCCUAAGGCGCCCCGCGGCCCAUGGGCGUAUCUCAAUGGCAUUGUUGACAGCAAGAAGUCCAAUCCCAUCUCGCUGUACGCCUGCUUCUUGACCGGCUACACGAGUGCUCUCAGUUUCUCAGCUUGCUUCAUCUGGUGUGGCUUCCAGACCGGUAACGUCGCCCAGCUUGGCAUUGCCGUCGCCCGUACCUUCGACCCAAUCGGUGAACGGACAUACCACUUUGACAAGCCCGAUCAGCAGGCUCUCACCUCGGUCCUCGCCUUCCUCAUCGGCACGACGCUUGGCCGCAUCGGCGACCGCAUCGGCGCCAAGAAGCGCACCUGGCUCGUGCUCGCGACCUUCAUUCAAUGCCUCUGCUGCCUCGCCGCCGCGCUCGCCGCUCACUACUCGGGUGAGGGGGCCUAUGCCCAAAACCGCUGGGGCCCAUCUUGGGCGACACCGCUGGGCAUGGUCUGCCUCGCGUUCCUCUCCGCCUCCCUGGGCCUGCAGGGUAUUAUGGGCAAGCGCAUCGGCUCGCCGAUGAACACGACCGUCGUGCUCACGACCACCUGGGUCGAGAUCUUCAACGACCCCCUGCUCCUGAGCUUCAAGAAGCAGACGGGGCGCGACGUUCGCAUCGGUGGCGUGCUGUCGCUGCUGUUUGGGGCGUUCGUCAGCCGAGCGCUCACGAACGCGUGCGGUGGCGCAGCAGGCGCGAUCGGCUGCCUCUGCGCGUUCCGCAUGGUCCAACUCGUGUGGUGGAUCUUCCUUCCAUCGCCUCCCGAGGCUUAAGCGACAUGGACGGGGAUAGCUGGGCGGCCGGCGUGUGGACAGUAUGAGUACGAUAGAGGGGACAUAGAUUUGAUCUAGAGUGCUAGAUCGGACUUCUUGUUGUUGGAACCAGCAUUUAUAGACAUGCAUCAGCAUUGCAAGUGGA